AUGUCACUCGAUAAUGAAACUGGAUUGGAUCCUUCCGGCAUCAGGAUCAGGCCUGUAUCUGGACUUGUGGCAGCUGAUUACUUUGCUGCGGGUUAUUUUGUAUGGGCAGUUUUGAUUGCUAAUUUGGCUCGCAUCGGAUACGAGGAAAAAAAUAUGUACAUGGCUGCAUAUGAUUGGAGGCUCUCAUUUCAGAAUACUGAGGUACGUGACCAAAGCCUGAGCAGGAUAAAAAGUAAUAUAGAACUCGUGGUAGCUACAAGUGGUGGGAAAAAGGUAGUUGUAAUUCCGCAUUCAAUGGGUGCUCUGUACUUCUUGCAUUUUAUGAAGUGGGUUGAGGCACCAGCUCCAAUGGGUGGUGGGGGUGGAUCAGACUGGUGUGCUAAGCAUAUAAAGGCUGUAAUGAAUAUUGGUGGACCAUUCUUGGGUGUUCCUAAAGCGAUCUCGGGAUUGUUCUCUGCUGAGGCCAAGGAUAUUGCCGUUGCCAGGGCUAUUGCACCAGGUGUUCUGGAUAUAGACGUAUUUGCUUUUCAAACCUUACAGCAUGCAAUGCGGAUGACUCGUACAUGGGAUUCAACAAUGUCAAUGAUACCAAAAGGUGGGGAUGCUAUCUGGGGUGACCUUGAUUGGUCACCAGAAGGAGAUUAUGAAUGUAGUGCAAAGAAGUUGAAGAACAAUGAUACGAAAAUUGCUGGCCAGAAUGGGAAAGGGAGUUCAGGAAAUGCAACACAUGUCAAUUAUGGAAGAAUAAUAUCGUUUGGGAAGGAUGUAGCUGAGAUGCAUUCAUCAAAGAUUGAUAGGGUGGAUUUCAGGGGUGCUAUUAAGGGUAAUAACCUUGCAAACACAACUUGCCGUGAUGUAUGGACUGAGUAUCAUGAUAUGGGCAUUGGGGGAGUCAAAGCUGUUGCAGAUUACAAAGUUUAUACAGCUGGAUCGAUUUUGGAUCUGCUUCAUUUUGUUGCUCCAAAGAUGAUGAAGCGUGGUGGUGCUCAUUUUUCCUAUGGAAUUGCUGAUGAUUUGGGUGACCCAAAAUAUGGGCAUUAUAAAUAUUGGUCAAAUCCUUUAGAAACAAAAUUACCCAACGCUCCGGCCAUGGAGAUGUUUUCAAUGUAUGGAGUUGGAAUACCCACUGAAAGAGCAUAUGUUUACAAGUUUAGUCCGGCUUCUGAUUGCUACAUUCCUUUCCAGAUUGAUACCUCAGCCGAGGGUGGAAACGAGGGCACUUGUUUAAAAGGUGGAGUCAUUUCUGUUGACGGAGAUGAAACCGUUCCUGUUCUGAGUGCAGGUUUCAUGUGUGCAAAAGCCUGGCGUGGUAAAACCCGAUUCAACCCUUCAGGCAUCCGUAGUUACAUAAGAGAAUACAAUCAUGCUCCUCCAGCUAAUCUUCUGGAGGGCCGGGGAACCCAGAGUGGUGCUCAUGUUGAUAUAAUGGGGAACUUUGCGCUAAUAGAAGAUAUUAUAAGAGUAGCUGCAGGGGCUACUGGAGAAGACUUGGGGGCAGAUCAAGUUCACUCUGAUAUCUUCAAAUGGUCCGAAAAGAUUGAGAUAGACCUGUAG